GAUGGGGCUAAAAAAAAAUUUUUUUUAAAAAAGUAAAUUACAUGGAAAUUGUAAAUAUGUGGUUGAAACAUUUUGGGAAAAGAUGAGAGGCAGGGAAGGCAAUUUAACACCAAAUUCAAAGCAGUUUCUGGGAAACAGUAGGGACCCAAAGCAAAGUCAUCCCUGGGACAAAGAAUACCAUAUAGAAGUAGCAGUCCUGAGUCCCGGGGGCUCCAUUCCCACCUCAAACCACAAAACGAAGGCCUUCAACACAUUUAAGCAAUCUCCACCCAAAUUCCACACCAAUUACAUGGGGGGCCCAGCUGCACAGCCCUCCUUCUCUCCACCACCCCACUAAAAAUACUUUAUUAAUGAGAGGGCAGUAUAAAGCCACGGGACUCCAUCUGCUCAGGGACAACCCAGAGACAGCAGCCUGGCACCAGCCCCAGCUGAAGCCUGACCCUCCUCCAGCGAGGACCCACUAAGCUACGCCUCCCUCUAAUUACCAGGUUCCUGGCUCAGGGCCUGGCCAGUUAUUUAGAGAACCAGCGCCUGCUCCAAGCACAGACAUCUACGAGGUUCGGGCUGCAGGCACUAUCUCCUCAAAGCCAGCUGCCUGAAGCUGCCAUCUCCUCACUCUACCAUCCUGGAACCCCUCCUGCUGCCUCUGCAUAAUGUCGCUUGCACACACAGCUGCAGAGUACAUGCUCUCAGAUGCCCUGCUGCCGGAUCGCAGGGGCCCCCGCCUCAAAGGACUGCGCCUGGAACUUCCCCUGGACCGGAUGGUCAAGUUCAUAGCUGUGGGCUUCCCCUUGCUGCUGAUGUCCCUGGUAUUUGCCCAGGAGUUCUCCUCUGGGUCUCCCAUCAACUGCUUCUCUCCCAGUAACUUCAGCAUCCGGCAGGCUGCCUACGUGGACAGUUCCUGCUGGGACUCACUGGUUCACCACGAGCAGGAGGAGUCUGGCCAGUACAAGACAAAAUCCCUCUGGCCUCACAAGGCCCUCCCUUACUCCAUGCUGGCCCUGGCUGUGGUCAUGUACCUCCCAGUUCUGCUGUGGCAGUACGCAGCUGUGCCAGCCCUCAGCUCAGAUCUGCUGUUCAUCAUCAGCGAACUGGACAAAUCCUAUAAUCGUUCCAUCCGCCUGGUGCAGCACAUGGUGAAGAUCCGGCAGAAGAGCUCGGACCCCCAUGUUUUCUGGGAUGAGCUGGAGAAGGCUCGGAAAGAACGAUACUUUGAAUUCCCCUUGCUAGAGCGGUACCUGGCAUGUAAGCAGCGCUCACAUUCACUAGUAGCUACUUACCUCCUGAGGAACUCCCUCUUGCUCCUCUUCACAUCAGCCACCUACCUGUACCUUGGCCACUUCCAUCUGGAUGUCUUCUUCCAAGAGGAAUUCAGCUGUUCCAUCAAGACUGGGCUGCUAAGUGAUGAGACUCACAUCCCUGAUCUGAUCACAUGCAGGCUGACCUCCCUGUCUGUUUUCCAGAUUGUUAGUCUCUCCACUGUAGCAGUAUACACCCUAAUGGUUCCAGUGAUAAUAUACAACCUCACACAGCUAUGUCAGUGGGACAAACGACUCCUAUCCAUCUAUGAGAUGCUCCCAGCUUUUGAUCUCCUCAGCAGAAAGAUGUUGGGAUGCCCCAUCAAUGACCUCAACGUGAUCCUUCUUUUCCUCCGAGCCAACAUCUCUGAGCUCAUUUCUUUUAGCUGGUUGAAUGUCUUAUGUAUGUUGAAGGAUACAACCGCCCAGAAGCACAACAUUGACACAGUUGUUGAUUUCAUGACUCUGUUGGCUGGUUUAGAACCCUCUAAACCUAAACAUCUCACCCACCAGGUGUAUGAUGAAAACCCAUAGUUAAGAAACCAUGAAACAAAAAAUUUUAUGGAAAGUAAAAAUCUCUCUCCUUCCUCACAAGCCUCACACACUAAUAUGCAAAACUACCCACUUUAGAAUUGCUAAGCUUGGAUUCAGCUGAAUCACACAUUCUGUAUCAUUUUAUCCUAAAAGUGAGAAGAUAUAAUCAACACAUGGAAACAAAUCUGAUCAUUGGAACUAAAGAGUCAGAAAAUUAAAAAAUUAGACCUAGAGCAUAAUAUGAGGACAAGGAAAAAAAACAAAAACUAAAACUAAAGUUAAAGUCUAGACAUUCUACAAGGAAAGAAGGUUCUAAAGGCUAUUUAUGGAGGCAGGUUCUUCUCACUGUAUUUACUCCGUGGCCCUCAUAGGAUACAAAGAGCAAGUAUGGUAAUCUGGUAAGAGAACGAAGAUAUAAAAUCCCUGGAAACCCUUUGGUGUAGCCUGAAAUCCAAGGAAUUUUCCCACCUUGUUUUGUGGAAGUCAUCAACCUUGCCCGGGCUCUCUGUGCCCUGCAAAGUGGGCCAGGAGAAACUGAUGGAAGGAAUUUGUAAUCUGCUCUCGGGGCUUAAGGACAAUGUAGGACAAGGCCAGGGCCAUGCAUCAGCUAUGAGUGGAGACUUGAGGUGUACAAAUACACUUUUUCAUCAUCUAAACCAGGGACUCACUUCACCAAGGGCUGGGAUUAUGUGCUGUGGACUCUUCCACAACUCUUAAUGGGCCCUGGUAUACUCUUCAUACCCAAGGAGAUGCUAUGCAUCCACUUACAGCCAGUCACUGAACAGUAACCCCUUAGAAGUAAAUAGGAUAUAUAGCAGAGUGCUGUUGAGCCACUUCUCUCUCUUCUCUGACUCAUCAACUCACCUUAGCUUCUAACUCCCAUUCCUUUGCUGGAUUUAACAGAAUCUUGAUCUGACUCCAAACGCCACAUUCAGCUCAGAGUACCACGCUGUCUCUCAUUUGAUAUUUCUUUCUAGAGCUGCAUAUUACAUAUUUCUUCAGAGGAUUUUUGCAUAGGCCAUUUAGACCCUUCUUCAUAUAGGAAAGUAGAAAAGUUAUGUCACUUCUAACAAAUUCAGCUAAGUUUACCUAAAACAAGCAAAGGGUCUGAUGUAUAGACAUUCAUCGAUGGCUUCCUAGUGUCACUGGGCAAAAGUCUAACUUUUCAGUUGGGACAUAAGACCCUUCAUGAUCCAAAUCCUGCCUACUACAUCAGUCUCUCCUCUUGCCUCUCUCCACAUACAUCUUUCACUCUGACCAACUACUUUCAGGUCCUAUGCUUCCCAUGAUGCUGAGCCUUUGAAUAUGCUGUCAUAUUCUACCCAAGAUGACUCCUCUGUUCUUCACUGGGCCAACCACUAGCUCUCCUUCAGAGUCUGCCCAGGCAUAAUUCCUUCAAAAAGCCUUCCCUAUCUCCUUUCCCCUUCCCUAACUAGGUGCUGCCAUAUUAUCCAAUACCUACCUCUGAGAUAAAAUUUUAUUACACUGUAUUAAUAUUGCCCAUUUAUUUGUCUUUCUCUCUUAAAUAAGCUUCCUAAAG